CGUUUUAAAAAUUUUCUUACUUGAUCUUCUUACUUUUAUUAUUGAAAAAAUGAGUUAUAAUUCCUUACAGAAUUUGCAAGAAGUUUUUUCUUCCCAAUUCGAUCAGAAUGAAUUACAAGAGCAUUUAGUAGACAUUCAGACACUGGUUUUAUCUGAUGAUGAAAAUGAAUAUGAUUAUGAGCCAGUAUUCGAUUUUGAACAAAACUUAUAUGAAAAAGCCGUAGACUUAGCUGAAUAUGAAGAUGACCCAUGGAAAGAGCUUGAUGCGGAGGAUAUAACAAUUUUUGAAUAUACUGAAGAGAUUCCUGAGAUUAAAGCAAAGCCAACUACACCGUACGUUAUAAUCGAUAAUGAACAUGGAAAGAUACGUCGCUGUAAUGAAACUAGUAAUAAGAGGUUGCGAGAACUCAUUGGUGUCUGGAAAAUUGACAUGGAUGCUGUUAAUGAAGUUAAUAAUGAACUUCAUCUUCUUGGAGUAUGUUCGAAACACUUUAAUUACGAUCAAAAUACAGUGUAUAGUAAAAAGUUGAAAGAGGAACAAUGGGGGCAUUUGCAUAUACAUCAAGGUUCUGGAUGUAGGGAAGAUCCGGGAUGUACUGCAGAGCAUUCUGAUGACACAACAACAGCCCUUUAUCACUUUGCAAGGUUAAUUGAAAUGGUAGCACAAUCAGAAAAUGACGGUACUAAAGAGCAUUUACUUCAAGCUCUUUUUCCAUGUUUAAGAAAUCUUGAUUUUGAUUCACCAUCCGCACAAACAAAUAGGCUACCUAGCCUAUUUGUAGUUAAUACAGCUUUAAAAGUUAAAGGGUUAAAUUUUUAUAAACAAAUAAAACAAUUCACACUAAACCCUAAGAAAUGUAAAGAAUUUGGAGAAUCACUUGCCCUUGAUGUUUUAAAUUCACGCGCCACCUUAUCUUUUUAUAGAUCAACAUUAGAAAACCCUGAAUCUCUACAACAUACUCUCGACGAAGCUGUUUCUUGUGAUGAACCUGAAAAGCAUCCACUCUUUGAAAUUUCUAAUCAGCUAACGCCUAGUGGAUAUGAGAACAUUUUUACUUGUUAUGAUGAAGGAAGAGAAAGAAUCUCAAAAAUUAUUAGACAAGAUAUUUUAAAAACAGAAAAACGCAUUGCAAAAGGACGAAUGAAAAAGAAUGUAAUACCUUUACUUCUUGGAAAAAAGGUUGCUCAAAGUAAAAAACGAAAACAGGAUGCUAAAUAG